GACUAUGACAUCUCGCGAUAUCUCGUUGGGAGCGUUACCCCAUUUUCCAGCUGUCCCCUCAGUCGGUCGUGGAUUUCGGAGCCACGGGAGAAACCGCCGGAAAGAGGCUUUGGUGAUAAAACAGCAACAUUUCUGGGAGGAUAUACCACAUUAUAUGGCUACAUAAAGACGCAGCGAGAGACUUUAUCCAGCAUUUCACCAUGGAAACUGCAGUAUGAGGUGUUGUGUAGCGCAGACGACCGAGUGAACCAUGGCACAGUUCCCCACCACAUUCACAGGUCCAGAUGUGUUUCUGAUCUCAGUGGAUGAGAGAGCCAAACAUGAUCAGCAGUUUCACAGCCUCGCUCCGACUGCUGGGGGUUACAUCACAGGCGACCAAGCCAGGAACUUCUUCCUUCAGUCAGGACUGCCCCCUCCCAUCCUGGCCCAAAUCUGGGCUCUGGCUGAUAUGAAUAGUGAUGGCCGUAUGGACAUCCACGAGUUCUCCAUCGCCAUGAAACUCAUCAAACUGAAACUCCAGGGUCAUCCUCUGCCCCCCGCGCUCCCUCCCAGUAUGAAACAACCACCACUGUCUUUACCCCCACAGACCGCCUUUGGCAUGCCUCCCAUGCCUCCCAUCUCAGGCGUGCCUCCGCUCCCCCUGCCGCCACUCCCCGUAGGAGUGUCUCCGCCGCUCGUCUCAUCUGCCCAGCCGCCCCUCCCCCAGCCCAUCGCCAACGGAGCUCCUCCCACAGGCAUGAUGCAGCCCAUCUCAGGCUUCUCCCACCCAGCUCCCUCCGUCAACAAAACCGCUUCAUUUAAUCGUUCCAGUACAAAGUUGCAGAAGGGGCCGUCCUUGGACGCUGCUAGUGUCCAGCCCCCGCCUGAUUGGGCCGUUCCUCAGUCCUCCAGGCUGAAAUACAGACAGCUUUUUAACUCCCACGACAAGAUGAUGAGUGGACACCUCACAGGUCCUCAGGCUCGCACUAUCCUGAUGCAGUCCAGUCUUCCUCAGGGUCAGCUGGCUACAAUAUGGAGUCUAUCCGAUAUCGACCAGGACGGAAAGCUCACAGCUGAGGAGUUUAUUUUAGCCAUGCACCUCAUAGAUAUGGCUAUGUCGGGAUUACCGCUACCCCCUGUGUUACCGCCAGAUUACCUCCCUCCCACUUUCAGGCGUGUGCGGAGUGACAGUGUUCAGUCGGACCAGAAAAGCGUUCAAGAGGAGAUAGAGGAGGAGGCUGAGAGCAACCUGGACAAGAAACUACCAGUGACGUUUGAGGAUAAGAAGAGGGAGAACUUUGAGCGAGGAAACCUGGAGUUGGAGAAGAGACGUCAGGCUCUGCAAGAGCAGCAGAGGAAAGAGCAGGAGAGGCUGGCAGCGCUGGAGAGAGAGGAACAGGAGAGAAAGGAGCGCGAGCGUCUGGAGCAGGAGAGGAGACGACAGCAGGAGCUAGAAAAACAACUGGAGAAACAGAGAGAGCUGGAGAGGCAGAGAGAAGAGGAGAGGCGCAAAGAGAUAGAGAGGAGAGAGGCUGCUAAGCGUGAAUUAGAGCGCCAGCGUCAGUUGGAGUGGGAGCGUCAGCGUCGUCAGGAGCUCCUGACUCAGAGAAACAGAGAGCAGGAGAGUAUAGUGCUGCUCAAAGCCAGGAAGAAGACCCUGGAGUUUGAACUGGAGGCCCUGAACGAUAAGAAGUCUCAGCUGGAGGGCAAGCUGAAGGAUGUUCGGUUUCGUCUGUCAGCUCAGCGGCGAGAGGUGGAGCAGACCAAUCAGACCAGAGAGACGCGCAUCGCUGAAAUCACUCUGCUACAACAGCAGCUGCAGGACUCCCAGCAGUGGUUGGGGAGGCUGAUCCCUGAUAAGCAGAGUCUCAACGAUCAGCUGAAACAGGUUCAGCAGAACAGUCUGCAUCGUGACAGUCUGUCGUCGCUGCAGAAGGCCGUGGAGCAGAAGGAGACCAGCAGGCAGCAGCUCAGAGAACAGCUCGACGCUGUAGAAAGAGAAACCAGAGCCAAACUGCUGGAAAUCGACGCUUUCAACACCCAGCUGAAGGAGCUGAGGGAGAUCCACAGCCGGCAACAGAGGCAGAAACAGAAGGAGCUGGAGGGCGACACACACACACUGACACACACACACUCGCACAUGCACACCCCGGUCGAGAGAAAGUCCGCUGACCUGCAGGAGAGCAGCAGGUUGUCAUCAGAGGAGAGCGUGGCCUGGAGGGAUGAAGCCGGAAGCUCUGCCCCCAGAGCCCCGAGCCCUCCCUCCAUCUCCGCACCCCACGCCUGGUUAAACAGAGUGACUCAGGAAGAGGAGGAGAGGAAGAGGAGGGGGAUGGAGGAGGAAGAAGAAGACCGUAAGAGAGCGGGAUCGGUAGAAUCGGUAGAAGAUGAGGGGAGAGGCAAGAAGGACAUGCAGGACAAACUGAAUAAGCUCUUCAGCCAGCCGACCGACCCCUGGACGUCAUCAGUGGAGAAGGGUCCGGCACCAAGUCUGUUUGACCAGAAGACACCAGUCAGCAGCUUCGACCAGCAGCAGCAGCCAGUGAAGGUGGUCUACUACAGGGCUGUGUAUCCAUUUGAUGCUCGCAGCCAUGAUGAGAUCAGCAUCGCUCCCGGAGAUGUGAUCAUGCUUGCUCUAAAUCCCGCCCCCUCUGCUCUUCAGGUGGAUGAAUCCCAAACAGGUGAGCCCGGCUGGCUGGGAGGAGAGCUCAGGGGGCGUACCGGCUGGUUUCCAGCCAAUUACGCCGAGCGGAUACCCGACAGCGAAGCGCCGAUCAGCCUGCGUGCGACAGCCUCAACCACGCCGACCUCAGCCCAGCAGCCAAUGACUACGCCUCCCCCAGCACCUGGACACACCUCCUCCUCCACGUCCUCAGCCAACAGUAACUGGGCCGACUUUAGCACCACUUGGCCCUCCAACACAGCCAGUCAGUCAGACAGCGAGGGAUGGGACGCGUGGCCGACCUCCUCGACCAGUCAGAAUCCUUCGCUCAGCGUUCCCUCAGCACAGCUACGACAACGCUCCGCCUUCACGCCUGCUACCAUGACGACGGGCUCCUCUCCUUCUCCUGUGCUGGGACAGGGGGAGAAGGUCGAAGGUCUCCAGGCUCAGGCUUUGUAUCCCUGGAGAGCGAAGAAGGACAACCACCUCAACUUCAACAAAAAUGAGAUAAUAACAGUGUUGGAGCAGCAGGACAUGUGGUGGUUAGGUGAACUGCAGACCGGACAGAGAGGCUGGUUCCCUAAAAGUUACGUCAAGCUCAUCUCCGCCGCCAUGCCGGGCCCGCCUGGUGCUACAGCACGCAGCAAAACCACGAGUGAGUCUGCAGCAUCAGAAAGCCCGCCCAAUGGAAAACGUCCCUCCCCUUCCCCAACAAAACCCUCCGACUCAGGAGAAGAGUACGUCGCCAUGUACACCUACGAGAGCAGUGAACAGGGCGACCUGAGUUUCCAGCAAGGAGACGUCGUCAUGGUGACCAGGAAAGAAGGUGAUUGGUGGACGGGCAUGGUCGGAGGCAAGACCGGAGUCUUUCCUUCAAAUUAUGUGAAACCGCGAGACUCAGCCUCAGAGUCUCUGGGACCAGCAGGGAAGACGGGCAGUCUGGGGAAGAAACCAGAGAUCGCUCAGGUGAUCGCCCCCUACAGUGCUACAGGAGCAGAGCAGCUGACGUUAGCUCCAGGACAGCUCAUCCUCAUCAGAAAAAAGAACCCGGGGGGCUGGUGGGAGGGUGAGCUCCAGGCCCGGGGGAAAAAGCGCCAGAUAGGUUGGUUUCCAGCCAAUUAUGUGAAGCUGCUCAGUCCCAGCACCAGCAAAACGACGCCCACAGAGCCCACCCCGCCGAAACUGGCUCCUGCCAGCACAGCAGUGUGUCAGGUGAUCGGCAUGUACGACUACGUGGCCCAGAACGACGACGAGCUGGCCUUCCUGAAGGGUCAGGUGAUCACAGUGCUCAACAAGGACGACUGUGAUUGGUGGAAAGGAGAGCUCAACGGGAGGGAGGGUCUGUUUCCCAGCAACUACGUCAAACUCACCACGGACACCGACCCGAGCACGCAGUGGUGCGCUGACCUCCAUCUGCUCGACAUGCUGAGUCCCAUGGAGAGGAAGAGGCAGGGCUACAUCCACGAGCUGAUCGUCACCGAGGAGAACUACGUCAACGACCUGCAGCUCGUCACGGAGAUCUUCCACAAACCUCUGCUGGAGUGCGAGCUGCUGACGGAGAAGGAGGUGGCCAUGAUCUUCGUCAACUGGAAGGAGCUCAUCAUGUGCAACAUAAAACUGCUCAAGGCUCUCAGAGUGAGGAAGAAGAUGUCAGGUGAUCGGAUGCCGGUGAAGAUGAUUGGCGACAUCCUGACCAACCAGCUGCCUCACAUGCAGCCGUACAUCAGAUUCUGUUCGUGCCAGCUGAACGGAGCCACGCUGAUUCAGCAGAAAACGGACGACAACCCUGAGAUCAAAGACUUCCUGAAGAGGUUAGCCAUGGAUCCCAGGUGUAAGGGAAUGCCUCUGUCCAGCUUCCUGCUCAAGCCCAUGCAGAGAGUCACGCGCUACCCGCUCAUUAUCAAGAACAUCUUAGAAAACACUCCAGAGUCACAUCCGGACCACAGCCACCUGAAAGCUGCUCUGGAGAAAGCAGAGGAGCUUUGCUCACAGGUGAACGAGGGCGUCAGGGAGAAGGAGAACUCUGAUCGCCUGGAGUGGAUUCAAGCUCACGUCCAGUGUGAAGGCUUGUCUGAGCAACUCGUGUUUAACUCCGUCACCAACUGUCUCGGCCCCAGGAAGUUCCUCCACAGCGGGAAGUUGUUUAAAGCCAAGAGCAGCAAGGAGCUCUACGGCUUCCUGUUCAAUGACUUCCUGCUGCUGACGCAGGUAACCAAACCUUUGGGCUCGUCAGGCUCGGACAAAGUGUUCUCCUCGAAAACGCACCUGCAGUAUCGCAUGUACAAGACGCCAAUCUUCCUAAAUGAAGUGUUAGUGAAGCUGCCAACAGACCCGUCAGGAGAUGAACCUCUGUUCCACAUCUCUCACAUAGACAGAGUUUACACGCUCCGAGCCGAGAGUAUCAAUGAGAGGACGGCGUGGGUUCAGAAAAUCAAAGCCGCUUCAGAACUCUUCAUCGAGACAGAGAAGAAGAAGAGGGAGAAGGCGUAUCUAGUGCGUUCUCAGAGGGCUACAGGUAUCGGCAGACUGAUGGUCAACAUUGUGGAGGGGAUUGAACUCAAACCCUGUCGCUCCCAUGGAAAAAGUAACCCAUACUGUGAGGUAACCAUGGGUUCACAGUGCCAUAUCACAAAAACAUUACAGGACACAUUAAACCCGAAGUGGAACUCCAAUUGUCAGUUUUUUAUAAAGGACCUGGAACAGGACGUCCUCUGUGUCACUGUGUUUGAACGAGACCAAUUCUCACCUGACGACUUCCUGGGCAGGACAGAGAUCCGGUUGGCUGAAAUAAAGAAGGACCAGGGCUCUAAAGGACCAAUCACGAAGCGGUUACUGCUCCACGAGGUUCCCACAGGAGAGAUCGUGGUCAGGCUGGACCUCCAGCUCUUUGAAGAACCGUAAAAAAACACCUGGACAAGACUUCACUGGACUGGAUUUGGACUAUAAGAGAGAUGAUUUGGACCCAACAGUUGGGCUGGGUUAGGCUGGACUGGAAGACUGGAAUGGUUUCUUAGUCUGAUCAGGUUCAGUUUCUUUCGGUGUGGAUUCAGCUCCGUUUGCAACAUUUGCUUCUUUAAUUAAAAAACUAAAUAUUUAGUGAAUUAGGAGCCAAAAAACUGCCCCAGGCCCCACAACCUUAGAGACUCCAAUAGCCCUAGAUUCACCGUGUGUCAGUUUCUUGUUGGUAAUUUGAAUAAUUUGGAAAUGUGCAGCACUGUUAAGCAAUAUAAACUGUUCCCCAUCGUUACUCUAUCUUGUAGCCCUGUUUUGUGUCAAGAUUGAGUUGUAACUCUUUAUUAUUUUAGUUUAUAUUGUGCUCAGUUGGUGCAUUUUCCUAAAAAUUACCACAAACUAACUGACAUACAGAUAACCUGAGCUGUGUGACUGUACAGCCCAAACAAAACAGGCUUGAUCCAUCCUUGAGAGGACACAAUAACACACAAAUAUCCAUCCAUUUAUUCAUUUUCAUCCGUUUAUCUGGGGUUGGGUCACGGUGGCAGCAGGUUUAGCAACACGUCGCUCUCCCCAGCAAUGCAUUCUAGCUUCUCCUGUGGGAUCCUGAGGCGUUCCCAGGCUAGCUGGGCUAUAUAAGUCCCUCCAGCAGGUUCUGGGCCGGCAUUGAUAAAAUCUUAGUCAUCUGCAAAGUAUUAGGUCUUAUUAGUGAAUAUUUGGAAACAGUUCUGCAGACAGCAGAGGGCGAUGUGAACAACUUCCCUCCUUUCCAAACAACGACGAUCUUAUUUUCUGACAUAUCAAGUUUUUAGAUCAGUAUUCAACCUAAAGUCAGACAUCUGCAUAUAAUCUGCGCCAUAAACAUCUUAAUUUUGUUUACAGAUCGGUACUGCAAUAAGAUUUCGAAGGCAAAGACACCCCGUAUGAAUCAUGUACCACAAAGGAAUGAAAAUCAUGUUUCUGUUCCAGUCCAGUCUAGUCCUGGUCCUCCUUCAAGUCUAGUCCAGUCUCAGUCCAGUUCUCUUUGAGAUCAGCCGGGUCUUUACUGUUUCCUCUAUCUCUGCUUCAUCAGACAGUCUCACAGACACUCCAGUGACAAUCCCAACCCUCCUUCUUAAUCCCGACAAACCCAAACCCCUGUGUGGAUGUGUUUGUGUGCGAGUGUGUACGAGUGAAUGAAUGACUGUGUGUAUGUGAGUGUCAUGGCGGACAGGCUAAUUAAAGGUACGGUUAAGUGUUUUUUUUAAUCUUUUAAGUCAGAUCAACUGUUCAGGCUUGUAGCGUUGAGGUACUGCAUGUAAAGGGACCAUGUCAUUUUGGAUUUCUCGACGUCCACUGAACACUUGCCACGUUAUCUCAGAAAGUGCUAAAUAUGUACAGGUUUAAUGAGAAAUGCGAACGAUUCUAAUAAGCUGAAAAAUAUAGAAAGAUUUUACCCCCGAUAUAUGACAAGUGUCCAGUGUAAAUAAAUUACAGACAUGCCAAGACGUCCCUUACACACGUGUGUGGAUUAUAAUAAUGCUGAAAACGAUGUGGUUGAAUUUAAACGGAGGUACUGUAAAGAAGAAUGUCUUAAUUUGUCUUAUUUUUUAAUGUCGGACGAACACGGGGGUCGUAGUUUUUAGGUGAUUUGUGUCACACAUCUAACCUCUGUCGUUAUGUUGCUGCUGUGUGGAGCUGUCACAGUGGCCGUCACUAUGCAGGGGAGUAAAAAAAAAUAAAAAUAAAUCCUGAUAGAGUCAGGAGGCCCCCUCGAACAUGCUAGGUACUGCAAACACCAUGUAUUUUAUCCUAAUAUAAACACAGCCUUUUAGAUCGUUUCCACACUCUAACCCUGAGGAAGAUCAGUGUAGAAAUAACUUUUACUGUGCGAUAGCACUCCCAGCACUUUUAAAACACACACACACACACACACACACACACUGUCGCUGAUAUUGGAGCACAACAUGGCUGAUGCGACGGCUGCCUUUUUUGAAUAGUCAGAGUAGGAAAAAAAAGAAACAUUUAAAGUAUAAGACUGGUGCCAACAAAUCUUAUGAAACACCCAAACAAACAAUGUAUUCGUCCGUCUCUAGAUACUUCAAAAAUUCUCUAUUGGUUCCUACUGAAGAGGUAAACCUUUUAAAAUACCUCACACCUCUGCUUUUUAAACCCGGGUACUGUAAUUUUAAAGUAAACCUUGUUGAAGUAGGAAGAAUUGGUACUCUAGUGAGUACACUGUAGUACUCCCAGCGCAAUGGUGUUUUUUUUUUAUGUUUAUACUAUAUGAAAAAAAAGACGAUACUUGUUAGUAGGAUUUGUUGACAAGAAGAAAAUAUAGAUCAUCAGUCCGAUCCUUUAAAGGUUUUGCUUCAGAUGGACUUCAGCAAAUUUGAGACCAUCGGCUCUAAUAAUAGCUGGGUUUGUAUCUACUUGAUUUUGAAGCAUAUCAUUUUUUAAAUUUAUUCCCUUUGUCAACAAAACAUCAACGCACAAACUCAGGAGUUACUCCGAAGGCAGCGUCGAUCUUCUUUCUUAACCUGAGUAUUCAAACUGGUCGGCCACAUCAGCCCAAGUUGGACAGACGAUGUCGCCCGUUCGUUCGCUCAGCAGUAGUUGUAGAUAUGUUCGUUAGCUGGCCGCUCGGCCAGUUAGUUAAGUGUAAGUUAGUGAUUUUAAUUUAAUGCCACGGUUACUGAAUUACACACUGAGACAACCAAUAGUUACCUUAGUGACCAGCCACUGUCCAAUCAGAAGUCAGCGAGGCUCAGCCGGUUGCAGCAGCUUGACUGUGGAGGAAGGUGUGAACAAAUGUUUGUGUUUCCCCAGACUGAAGCUGAUGAUGAUGAUGAUGAUGAUGAUGAAUGAUGAAUUUGUCUUACCCCCCUGUACUGUUAGUACCCCCUCUCCCCAUCCUCUCCACACUGUACUGAAACUAACCUAAUUCAGUUUGAACCCGUUCUUACUGUCUACCUUCCAGGUUGUGUAUAAUACUACUGCUAUUUGAGAGUUAAUAUAUGAGCGCUAUGGGGGGCGAUAGAGACAGCCUGCUGUUAAUUAUCACUGUAGAAGAUGAUGUACGUUGUUGUCUUUCAAUGUUCAGAAUAAACUUCAGUUGGACCAAGA